CCAACCUAAAGUCUCCGCUCUUUUCUUCUCCCCCCCCCCUUUAUUGCUCUCCCAGAUUUCCAAAUCUGAUCCAAUCCUAUCUGAAUUUUCUAUGGCCAACUCCGCACCGGAGGUUUCUAAACGCAGAAGGUCGACUCCGAAUCAGCAGCCCCUCCUGCCCGGACUCCCCGAUCACAUAGCCCAGGCAAUUCUCUCUCGAGUCGACCCGGCUUCUUUGUACUCCGUCUGCCGCUCGUGGCGGCGCGUCCCCUACACGCGCCACUUCCCUCCUUUCCUGUCCCUGUAUGUUCUCUUGUCUUCCAAGUCUUCGAACUCGAUCGAGUUCCACCACUUCGACCCUGUUUCCUCCAAGUGGCGGGCUCUUCCCUCCACUCCGCCGGACCCGCCUCUCCGCCUGUCUAUCCGCCACCCGGCGUUCAUAUCCCGCAACCUCCCCAUCCAGUCCGUCUCCGCAUCCGGCAGCCUGGUCCUCCUCGCCGCCACCACUCAUAAUUUCCACCCUGCUCUGUCCAGGCCGCUCAUUUUCGAUCCCGACAGCGGCCGAUGGCUGUUUGGGCCCCCACUCACCAGUCCUCGCCGCUGGUGCGCGGCUGGGGCGCUGAGAGGCGUGGUGUACGCGGCGAGUGGGAUCGGAUCCCACUUCUCGGUGGACGUAGCUCGCUCAGUCGAGAAGUGGGACCUAACUAACGUGAAGAGCAAUAGUCCGACCAGUAGUACCGGCCGGAGUGGGAACGAGUGGUCGGGAUGGGAAUGGGAGAGAGUGAGCUCCCUAAAAGACGGCAGGUUCAGCAGAGACGCGAUCGACGCCGUGGGCUGGAGAGGGAAGCUUUGCAUGGUGAACGUGAAAGGCGACGCCCUCAAGGACGGCGUGGUCUACGACGCAGAGAAGGACAAGUGGCAGGACAUGCCGGAGGGGAUGAUCGCCGGCUGGACAGGUCCCGUGGCGGCGAUGGACGAGGACGUGAUGUACGUGGUGGAAGAGGGCAAGGGAGCUUUGAGAAGGUACGUUCCGGAGAGGGACACAUGGCAUAAGGUUGUGGAGUCGGAAAGUCUCAAAGGAGCGGAUCAGAUUGCGGCAGGUGGCGGAAGAGUUUGUGUGGUGUGCCGCGGCCGGAUUGUGGUGGUGGACGUGGCGGCGGCGCUGCCGAGAAUAUGGGAUGUGGAGACGCCACGGGGGCUGGAGGCGGUGGCGGUCCAUAUCUUGCCGAGAAUGAGUCAGCUGGUUUGAUAUUUUUACCAAUAUUUUAUUUUCUAAUGCAAAAUUUUUAUUCUUUAGUGUG